GGAAGCUGAACUUAAAGUGGCUUCUUUUCUUCCGGUUUGUUUUUGUGCUAAGACUGUAUUACAAUGUCAGCUGUGAUAAUUGAACUGGAUAAGCUUUCUUCAGACGAGAUUGAGAGCAAAAAGGAUUCCAAGUCAGAUUUUAAAGAAGGCAAAUUCAGUGAUUUGUGUGCCGGUUAUCAUGCUUUUCAACUUCACUGCUCGCAUUCUGCACCAGCUGGUAUGAAUACAAGCAAGAGUGAGACAGUGAAAGAGCAUCCAUUAAAACCCUCUCGAAGAUCUAUGCCAUGCCUAGCCCAGAGCCAAACACAUCCUCAAAGUCUGAGCAAGCAUUCAUCUUUUCUGCAGCCAAAUCGUGUGCAGCCACAGCCUCGACCUCAGCCUCUCAGUGCAGGAACGUCUACAGCUACAAUGGAUGUAGUGUCAGAAAGAGCUAAAGUGAUGGAGACUUUGGAAAACUUGCUUAAGCUGUCUAAUACAGAAUAUGAUGAUCCAUUUUUAGGCAUAGGAAAGGAAAAAGACACAUACACAGAUGAUUCAGAACAUGGAAAUUAUGAUGCUCGUACAGAUCAGUCAUUACUUCUUCAAAACAAGCUUACCAGGCAGAAAACAGAAACUCGGACCAAAUCGUCUUUAAAGGCUGAUGCCAUGGCAUCAUCUGGGCUCUUCUUCAAAGACGGAAAAAAGCGCAUUGAUUACAUCUUGGUGUACAAGAAGUCAAGUCCACAGGUAGAAAAAAGAAGCACAUUUGAAAAGAAUUUGAGAGCAGAAGGGUUGAUGUUAGAACGAGAGCCAGCUGUUACAAACAGUGAUAUCAUGUUUGUUAAAAUUCACUGUCCAUGGGAGACAUUGUGCAAAUAUGCGGAAAGAAUGAACAUCAGGAUGCCUUUCAGGAAAAAAUGUUAUUACACUGACUGGAGGAGCAAAACGAUGGGCAGUUUGCAGAGGAACAUGAGAGAGCUGAAAAGUUGGUUGCCCAGAAAUCCAAUGAAGCUCGAUAAGGAGGCCCUACCUGAUCUGGAAGAAACAGAUUGCUACACAGCCCCCUUUAGCCGUGCACGCAUACACCAUUUUACAAUAAACAACAAAGACAGCUUCUUCAGCAAUUCCACAAGAAGUAGAAUCGUGCAUCACAUGCUACAGAGAACUAAGUAUGAAGAUGGAAAAUCCAAAAUGGGUAUUAAUAGGCUACUAAAUAAUGGAACAUAUGAAGCAGCAUUUCCACCCCAUGAGGGAAGCCACAAGAGCAGACAUCCCAUCAAAACUCACGGAGCUCAGAAUCACAGGCACCUCUUAUAUGAGCGUUGGGCACGGUGGGGAAUGUGGUAUAAAUACCAACCUCUUGAUUUAAUCAGGCGAUAUUUUGGUGAAAAAAUUGGACUGUAUUUUGCCUGGCUGGGAUGGUAUACUGGAAUGCUUAUUCCUGCUGCCCUGGUUGGGCUCUUUGUUUUCCUCUAUGGGCUAUUUACAAUGGAUUCCAGCCAAGUAAGCAAAGAGAUCUGCGAGGCAAAUGAGACCAUCAUGUGCCCUAUGUGUGAACGCAAUUGCACACUACAAAAACUCAAUGAAAGCUGCAUAUAUGCCAAGGUUACACAUUUGUUUGAUAAUGGAGGAACUGUCUUCUUUGCUAUUUUCAUGGCAAUUUGGGCUACAGUCUUUCUAGAGUUUUGGAAGAGAAGGAGAGCUGUAUUAACCUAUGACUGGGACCUCAUAGACUGGGAAGAUGAAGAGGAAGAGCUGCGCCCCCAGUUUGAAGCUAAAUAUUCCCAAGUGGAAAGAGUAAAUCCCAUCACAGGAAAACCUGAACCUUUUCAGCCUUUCCCUGAUAAGCUGAGUCGUCUAAUGGUGUCUGUCUCAGGAAUAUUUUUCAUGAUUUCACUGGUCCUCACUGCAGUGUUUGCUGUUGUGGUGUAUCGUCUGGUAGCCAUGGAACAGUUUGCUUCUUUCAAGUGGUAUUUCAUCAAGAAGUAUUGGCAGUUUGCAACAUCUGGCACUGGAGUCUGUAUCAAUUUUAUGAUCAUCAUGUCACUCAAUGUUGUAUAUGAAAAGGUUGCCUAUCUCCUGACAGACUUAGAGCACCCUCGAACAGAAUCUGAAUGGGAAAACAGCUUUGCCUUGAAAAUGUUCCUCUUCCAGUUUGUCAACUUGAAUAGCUCCAUCUUCUACAUUGCCUUUUUCCUUGGCAGAUUUGCAGGCCGCCCAGGAAAGUACAACAAGCUUUUUAACAGAUGGAGACUUGAAGAGUGUCAUCCUAGCGGCUGCUUGAUAGAUCUGUGCUUGCAAAUGGGAGUUAUUAUGGUUUUAAAACAAAUGUGGAACAACUUCAUGGAACUAGGCUAUCCUUUAUUACAGAAUUGGUGGUCACGACGCAAAAUGAAGAGAGGAGGGCAAUUAAUGGAGCAUAAAGUUUCUCUGCCUCAGUGGGAAAAGGACUGGAAUCUACAGCCUAUGAAUCUUCAUGGUUUAAUGGAUGAAUAUUUAGAGAUGGUUUUACAGUUUGGCUUCACCACCAUCUUCGUUGCUGCCUUCCCACUGGCACCUCUCCUGGCAUUGCUUAACAAUAUCAUCGAAAUAAGGUUAGAUGCGUACAAGUUUGUCACUCAGUGGCGAAGACCUAUGCCUGCAAGAGCAACAGAUAUAGGUAUCUGGUAUGGGAUUCUGGAAGGAAUUGGAGUCCUGGCUGUCAUCACCAAUGCCUUUGUUAUUGCCAUUACUUCUGAUUACAUUCCACGUUUUGUCUAUGCAUACAAAUAUGGUCCCUGUACGGAUCAAGGGUACAGACAAGAAAAAUGCUUAAAAGGAUAUGUCAACAGCAGUUUAUCAGUGUUUGAUUUGAGUGAACUUGGAAUGGGAUACUCAGGAUACUGCCGGUAUAGAGAUUACAGAGCCCCACCAUGGAGUUCAACUCCAUAUGAAUUCACUUUACAGUUCUGGCAUGUCCUGGCAGCACGUCUGGCCUUCAUCAUAGUAUUUGAGCACCUUGUUUUUGGAAUAAAGUCUUUCAUUGCCUACCUGAUUCCAGACAUGCCUAAAGACUUGUGUGACAGAAUGAGGAGAGAGAAAUACUUAGUCCAGGAAAUGAUGUAUGAAGCUGAACUGGAGCAUUUGCAGAGAGAAAGGAAAAAGAAUGGGAAACAAUAUCACCAUGAAUGGCCUUAGUCACUACCAUGCUGCAACAAAAACGCCGUUUGGAAAUUGAAGAGUGCAGUUACAAAAUGAAGUCAGAGUCCGGCAUCAGUGCAUGAGAUAUAUAGUGUAUAUAUGUUCUUCCUGAGCAGGACAGUUGCAGGCUUUGGUGGCAACUGGAACACAGAUGCUUCUGAUGAACGAAAUGAAAAGCCUUACCUGUGACGGAUCUGCAGUGAAUUGGCAACUCUGGUCAGAAUUGGCACUCAGGAAUGCGCAGACAGAUAAAAAAUUUGGACACCAUAAUUUAAAAAAAGACAAUGAAUUUUCAUGCUGUUUGUGAAGAUACUAACAGCAAAAUGGAAAGAGAAAAUUACCAGUCAACUUACACAGUAAGGGCAUGACUAAAACAAACUUACCUGAUAUCCACUACUUCUGAUUGCUCAGCUCCACCUAGCUUCUGAUUGAUCAGCUCCAUCUGUAAUGCCUCUGAAGAAAAGAGCAAUUGUUGCCUUUGUGGCCAUAGCUUAAUAUAAAUGAUCUUUCAAGCUUACUGUUCUGUCAGGUUUGUCCUAGUCUCUUGUUGAGAUUGUGGAUGUGGUCCUACCCUAAAAAAAGGGGUCUGUGGCUGCUUAAUAUAUACUAUGCAGUUUAAGACUUGCACAUGUCAGUGUCAUUAAUUUAUCCUUCUAUUUGAAAACCAAAAACUGUAAAUUCAAAGAGGAAACAUCAGCACUGAGAGAACACAUUGCAUUGCCCACAUUGCAGCUCUGUUUGAAAAUGAUAUGGCUGUUCAAUUGCCUUUCACUUUUGUGUGCAGAAAGGCCACCUCCACAUGCUUCCAGGAUGAAAGAUUUGUCAUUUUCUUGCUCUGGUGUAGCAUGCAAAAGUCUGUGUUACUGUUCGUUUUGGCCUGUCUGGGCAAUGAUUCCAUGACUUCACAGAAUGCUAACUUGAGAUGUUCUCAUAACUGUGCAAAUGACUUUGUCCUCAAUAUAUGAAUAUCUUUCUAGUAUGCAAGCUUAUGCAGAUAUAUAUCAGGCACAUAGUAUAACAUUGAUUGGCUUGUUCAGGGAAGGAGAAGCAGAGCAUUUUAUAACAAUGCUCCUCUUCUUACUGUAAAUGUAAAUGCCCCAGUAAUGUGCACUACUUCUAUUGGAAUAAAUAUGUCAAAUCAUGGGACUUAGAUACAGGCAGACAUGUAUACAGGUUGUAUAUAAAUGCACA